ACGUUCCAGUUCCUUUCCACUCGAGCCGCCAAAAUGGCCAAGAAAGCCAAGUCUCGUACCGUCGCCGUUCGUCUCAUCUCCAUGGCCAUGACUGGCUUUUACCGGACGAUGAUCAGACCUCGUACCCAUCGUCCCCUGAGCAUGCUCAAAUAUGACCCCGUCGUGAAGAAGAAGGUGCUGUUCCUGGAAGCGACAAAGGGCGGAAGAGCGAGAUAAAUCAUGUUCUCUCGAUUCCUUCAAACGAUCAACCGCACAUACGCAGCUGAGGUACAAGCGAUGUCUGCUUUGGUCUCGAGGCAGUGUCGGCCGGCAUAGUUACGAGACAACCUUCACUCGGUACCGUCCACCAAGUUGUGCGGUUGUCGCUCGGUCCGUUAUUCGAACGAUACAUCAUGUACAUUAGACAACAUCAGUGCGGAUAAUACUUGGAACUUUGUUAUACUCCGGGAUAUUGUUGCGCUGUAUAUCACUUUGGGUUUGCAUUCUGGCGUUUAAAGCAGUACAGUCUGGGUCAAUCAAUGUGUUCAAUAUACCAUUCCUAGGAUCCGACCAUCUUUGCAACCACCUGUCUACCGAGAUCUUUCACCCCUCGCACAUUAUCUCAAGCAACUCAGUAACGACACCACGUACAACCUAUAUAGAUAAUGAA